GAUGUGGCACACACCUCUUAAGAUGCCACUUUUCUUUUUUUUACAAACCCUUUCAUACAAAAUAACAUUUAUUUUUUCAUGUGACCCCAAACUAGGCUGGCAGUGUAAUCCUUUCAUCACGCUCGACCUGCAGUUUGGAUAUAAACAAAGGACAUGUGGCGCCACCUAGUGGUUGAAGCGCAACCGGAAAAUAAAAAUGCUUCCGUGUGUGCCUGUGGCCAGGGAACUCGAGAUUAGGCAAGCAGCGGAAUACGUCACAUUACAUCAAGGCAUCAAUAAUAUUGGUUUGUUUGUGUGUGUUGCAUUGGAAGUGCACGAAAUGAGUACAGGGUCAAAUUAAUCUCACUAGAAUGAUUGAUGUAAGAACUACAGGCGGGAGGUGGCAACACAAUGGGCCCGACCCAUACCGAUGUGUAGGUGUUCAUGCCAAUGCUGCAAACCACACCUGCUCACAUACCUGUAUGUGGUCAAGGGUCCACCUGCUCACAUAUCUUUAUUUGGUCAAGGGUCCACCUGCUCACAUAUCUUUAUUUGGUCAAGGGUCCACCUGCUCACAUAUCUUUAUGUGGUCAAGGGUCCACCUGCUCACAUAUCUUUAUGUGGUCAAGGGUUCACCUGCUCACAUAUCUGUAUGAAGCUAUAUCUUUCACAGCAUCAUCUUUUUGGGGCUGUAGUUUUAAUGAAUAUAUUCUGAUGCUAUUGCAGUCUGCCUUUUAAUCCUUGCAGUUUAUGUUUUUCUCGGAGGCUACAUUGAGCUCCGUGUUCACAGAAGAUGUUCCGGGUUGUCUCCUUGAAGCGCACACACACUUCCCUUCCCCAUCUUUACGGCCUUCCCUCCGCAUCAAUCUUUCUCUUCGUGCACAUUUUGGGAUUAUUUGUCGAUCUUUUUCAAUUUAAUCACUGAUUUAAACGCAGAUAUGGAGACACUGCUUUUUCACCAAAUCAACAUGCAUUGUGGAAGAUGUAGUCUACACUGUAAAGCAGCAGAGACUUUAAUUUGAAGACGAUCAUAUGCCUUCAAACUGGCUCGGGCCUCAUCAAAUGAUGUGGUGAGCCGGAUUCCAAAAUAGUCGAAAGUGAAAAUCAAAGUUUGAAUUCAAAGGCUAGCUGAAGCCGUUUAUUGAAGAUGAUUCACGGGCAUACUUCCUGUUUUAAAGGGCUGAUUUGCAGAGUGGCAAUUUAGGGGAUCUUUGCACGCUUUUUCCCCCCGGGGCCCCGGGUCGUCAUUGUUUCCGACAAUUCAUAGAUUGGUUCAAUAAGAAAGUGAUUUUGCUCUGUAGUUUUGCUUCAUUCAGUAUCUGAUAAAACAAGAGACCGAAUUUCAGGGUCCUAGUGAUAUUUUAUGCUCAUUUGGACACUAUCACUGAGAUAAAUCAUAAGGAUGUAUAUUAACGCUGUUCUGUUACAGGCCUCCUGAAGACGCUCUGCAAAUAUGUUACCUGACCUUUGCUGACCUAGUUCAAAUAUAUAUUUAUUUCCGGUGGCGUGGAACAGAACAAAACAUAAUUUCCUAACAUCUAAACAAACUCUAGGAGGAUAAAACAGAGCUUCCCGGACUAUAACAAAAUAAAAACUAGAACGGGCACUCGGUAGAGCGCAUACCUUCGCAUAUCACAAGAUUGGGCAUUGAAUUAUGAACAUUUUGGCAUUAGUUGCAUGCCAAUUAGAUAGAAAUUGACCGCGCUAUGGUAAAAAGAAGAUUUUGACCUUUUCAUGACCUUGACCUUUGACCCGAUCGAUCCCAAAAUCUAAUCAAAUGGUCCCCGGAUAAUAACCAAUCAUCCCACCAAAUUUCAUGCGAUUCGGUUUAAUACUUUUUUAGUUAUGCGAGUAACACGCAUACAAAUAAAUACACGGCGAUCAAAACAUAACCUUCCGCAUUUUCAAUGCGACGGUAAUUAACAUGUUUCAGGUAUAGCCACUCUUAUUAUAAUCCACAACUUUACCUGAAAGCCCCCCUAAAGUAGGCCUAACGUCGUCCUACAGCUUAGAUUACAUUUAUGUAAAAUUAGGCGAUGACGACUUUUGGGACAGCCAAUAGAAACCUUCUUUGUUGAGGAGUUGGGCAACACUGUCACGCCUGCCUGUAGCCACGGGUUUCACAAUCGGCACAGGAGUUCCCGGUCGAGUCUCGAGGGAGUCAUGUCGCCCGCAGAGCGGACUGGAUGCGUCGUACCGGCGCUGCUGCUCGUCCCCUUCCUCCUCGCCUGCGCACCGGGAUGCACGGCGCGCUACACCGCGAACUGGACCAGCCUGGACGCCAGACCCCUGCCCCAGUGGUACGACGAUGCGAAGAUCGGGAUUUUCGUCCACUGGGGUGUCUUCUCGGUCCCUGGCAUCGGGCAGUUUAGCGAGUGGUUUUGGUGCUGGUGGAAGAUCCACCAUCGCGCAGACCAAGUUCGGUUCAUGCGGGAGAACUACCCACCGGGCUUUGAGUACGCGGAUUUUGCGACCCAGUUUCACGCAGAGUUCUUCAAUCCGGAUGACUGGGCAGAUAUUUUUAAAGCCUCUGGAGCAAAGUAUGUGGUAUUCACGUCCAAACACCACGAAGGAUUCACAAACUGGCCCUCACCAGAUUCCUGGAACUGGAACUCAAUGGCUGUAGGUCCUCACCGGGACCUGGUGGGAGAACUGGUAAAGGCUGUCAGGAAGAAGUCAAUGUACAUGGGACUCUACCACUCUCUAUAUGAAUGGUUCCAUCCCCUAUAUGUGGCGGACAAAGCCUCUGGAUACAAGACUCAGGAUUUCGUUGCGCGUAAGGCUCUUCCAGAGCUAUAUAACCUUGUGAAUUCGUACAAACCUGAUCUGAUCUGGUCUGAUGGGGACUGGGAAGCCCCCGAUACCUACUGGAACUCCACCGAGUUCCUGGCCUGGCUCUACAAUGACAGCCCUGUCAAAGAUGUGGUGGUGACCAAUGACAGGUGGGGAAAGGGCUGCUACUGCAAACACGGAGGCUACUACAACUGUGCUGACAGGUACACGCCUGGGAAACUUCCAGACCACAAAUGGGAGAAAUGCCAGUCCAUCGACAAACGCUCCUGGGGCUACCGGAGAAACAUGAAGCUAAGCGAGAUCAUGGACCUGCCGUCCAUCAUAAAGGACAUGGUGUAUGUGGUGGCAAUGGGUGGUAACUACCUGCUGAACAUUGGGCCGAUGUCAGAUGGCAUGAUUGCCCCAGUGUUUGAGGAGAGGCUGAGGGGAAUGGGUGCCUGGUUGGGGAUCAAUGGGGAGGCCAUCUAUGCUUCCAAAACCUGGAGGGUCCAGACGGAGAACAGCACUGUCAAUGUCUGGUACACUACCAAAAAUAAUACCGUUUAUGCCAUUAUCCUUGGCUGGCCGCCCAAACAAUACCUUCAGCUCACAGUGCCAAAGAUGACUGGAGCCACACAAGUUACACUCCUGGAUUAUCCUGAUAUGCCACUGAAGUGGGCAUCGCUGACACCAUCCGCUGGACUGGUUAUUACUAUGCCUUAUAUGCCAGUAUCUCCUGCUGAUGCCUGGUGUCUGAAACUAGAGGGAGUAGUCUAACGCCAGACAGUUGGGAAUCAGGACCACAUCUUUGGGUCAAAGGGCAUCUCUGUUACGCUUUACUGUAACGUGUGUGUGUAAUAUGAAAUGAGGUGAUUGAUGGGAUUUAAGUGGAUGUUUGCUGCGUAUCUAAUAUGCGCAGUAAUAUUAAAAGGACACAUCAAACUAAGAAAGAAAGUUACAAAAUCAGCCUACUAUUACCUGAAGAAUGUAUCGAGGAUUAGAGAAACUUGUUUACUUGACUACUGUAACGGUGCGUUUACAGGUCUCUGUAAAAAGUCAGUCAGAACGCUGCAGCUCGAGACCUCAUGAAGACCAGGAAGGUUGGUCACAUCAAUCCAGUUCUGAUGUUUUUGCACUAGCUUCCUGUCCAACAAAGAAUUGACUUUAAAAUCCUGCUGCUGGUUUAUGAAGCACUGACUGGUUGAGGGCCGAAAUAGAUUUAUGAUCUGCUGUAACCUUAUGAAUCAUCCCGACCCCUCAGGUCGUCUGGGACGGGUCUACUUCCUGUUCCAAGAGUCAGAACUAAACGUACAGAAGCUGCGUUCAGCUUUUCUGCUCCACAUAUCUGGAACAAAGUCCCUGAAAGCUGCAGGUCUGCUGAGACCCUCAACUCCUUUAAAUCCAGAUGGAAAACUAUUCCGUUUGCUGUUGUCUUUUUAUUGAACCAGAUUCAAGGAUAUUAAUCAAUUUCUGCAUCUCACGAUUAUUUGUUUUCUUAAACUGCACUGCAACCUUUAUUCUAUGUUUUUCUUUUUAACUGCUCUUAAUUGUUUUUAUAUCCCGUCUUCUUUUGCAUAAUGUUUGGAUGAUUUUAAUGGUUUUAUGUGACUUUGAAUUGACUUUGUUGUUGAAAUGUGCUAUACAAAUAAACUUUAAUUAUGAGUGACCAAUA